AUGUACAUUUUACUGUUUGUCGUGACUAUUUUUGCUGCAGCAGCGUCUUUGCCAACAACGAAAACUAAAGAUGACGUACGAAUCGUUGGCGGCGAAGACAUAGAUAUUACUAAGGCACCUUUUCAAGUGUCCUUAGUACGAAAAGGGCGACACUCUUGUGGUGGUUCUAUUAUUGCAAAUGACCUUAUACUAACGGCUGCACAUUGUGUCACUGGCACAAGCCCAAGUGACUACACAGUACGAGUGGGUUCAUCGUCAAGUCAAAUAGGUGGGGAAUUGUAUUCAGUUGGAGAUUUAAAGUGGCAUCCCAAUUUUACUUACACAGAAAUGGAUAGUGAUGUUGCUCUGCUAUGGCUUUCAAGACCUCUGCAAUAUUCUGAGAGUGUUGCUCCUAUUGAUAUGCUUGAGCUCAAUGAGGAGCUUCUGGAUGGUGAAAUUACUAUGGUGUCUGGUUGGGGAAAUCUUAGGGAAGGUGGUGGGAACCCAUAUACACUGCAAAUGGUGCUGGUUCCAAUAGUAAAUUCUGAUGCAUGCGGUAAAGCUUAUUCACCUGCUUAUACUGUGACUUCGAAUAUGAUAUGUGCAGGAAUACCUGAAGGGGGCAAAGAUGCUUGCCAGGGUGAUAGCGGUGGUCCAUUGGUACACAACGGAAGAUUAGCUGGAGUUGUCUCAUGGGGCCUAGGAUGUGCAAGACCUAACUUCCCUGGAGUAUACGCCAAAGUUUCAGCACUAAGGAAUUGGAUUGAUGAAACUGGUGCUGAUCUAAGACACAAACACUUAUUGAGGCCCUUUCAAUUUUGA